GAGAUUAAAUAUCAAAACAACUCCACUGAGCCGGGGUGGCACAGCGAACGUGGUGUCUACUGCAGUUUAAGACUGAAGACAGAAAAGAAAAGCAAAAAAAUUCCAUAGCCUCUUCCCUUCAGCAUGUCUCACCGGAGCUUUGCCUUCACUUCAACAGCUCUGCGCUCCUUAGAACAAGAACAAGACCUUUUGGAGAGACGGAGGCAUCAGAGAAAGCUCAUUGAGCCAACCGUCAAUGGCUACCUGCUGAGGAAGGAGGCUCGGGAAAGAGCCACACUCUCCAGGAAGAACCUGGAGGUACCAUCGGCGCCACUGGUUUGCCGUGAUUUGGUGGUACAGAAUGCACUGUACACAGGAGAUGUGGAGGCUGUGAAGACACUGUUUCCCAAAGGCUCUCCGGAUAAACUGGUCAUCAAGCCUGAAGGAGGGGCCAUGCGCUGGGUCGCUGAUGGGAAAGUGAGAGGACUGUGGUCUCUGACCUAUGAGCAGGAUCUGACCACCCCUCUGCACAUCACAGCAGGCAGAGGCUUCACUGAUUGCCUGAGGCAUCUCCUUCUGAGAGGGGCCAGUGUAGAUUUUGCUCCUGGGGGCACCACUGCAUUGCACGAGGCAUGCCAGGAGUGCCAGCCAGACUGCGUUAAACUGCUGCUACAGUACGGUGCCAACGCCAAUGCUGUCAACGAGGAUGGACUGAUGCCCCUGCAUGUCUGCACUGAGCCAGAGUCGCUGGAGUGUGCCAAGCAUGUCAUCCAGUUUGGCGCAGCCAUAAACAGCCGCAGCUUGGAAGAAAACGACACGGCGUUGCAUGUAGCAGCACGUCACGGUCUUCUGGCCCACGUGGAUCUGUACCUGCGUCACGGUGCAGCAGUGGAGCCCCAGAAUGAUGAAGGACAAACACCACUGAAUGCUGCAUGUUCGCAGCCGCAUGAGCACGCUGCUCUGGAGCGCUAUGCUCAAGUGUGCCAGCGGUUGGUGGAGGCUGGGGCGGACGUGAGCACGGGUGACGCUGACAAGCACACUCCUCUGCACAUGGCGUGCAAGAAUGCCAACCCCAGGAUAGUGGAGCUACUGCUGCAGAACGGUGCCUCUGUCAAUGUCAUGGACUAUGGAGGCGAGGCGCCCAUGCAUAAUAUCCUAAAAAUGGUGGCCUAUAAGUUGGAGCAUGAGCCCGAGCGGAUUGUGCAGGAAUUGCUCAACUACGGAUCAAUCAGAGUGUGGCCAGGAGCUUUGCCAAAGCAAAGGUCAAUUUUGGUUUCACCAAUCCAUAGGACUAUUCCAGGACUCAGACAGAUCUCAACGCAAGUUUUAACCUUCACUUACCAGGAUCUCGUGGGUACCUCCUGAGGUCAAACUGUUGCUUUCAAACAGCUUGAGUGUGGUAAAGAUGUAGUUCAGUAUAUAGUCCUUUCACAAAUCACUGGCAAAAAACUAGAAACUGUAGUUCAUGUAUAUAUGGGGUUAUACAGUACCCACCUGGAGGUAGUGGGGGUAGUGAGCUGCUGCUUGCUUGGUAGAUACUGUAUAUAAGCUCUUCAGUUUCUACCUUGCUGUUUGAAUGAAUCUGUGCUAACAGGUGCAGGAGAGCAAGCAGUGUUUUUAAAAUCAUUUUCUACUUAUCAUUUACCAUUAAAAUGAUUUUUGACAUGUUAGAUUUUCUACUGUGAUGUUUUUUGUCUUUCACCAAGAGAUUUUGGUGGCAUCCUUAAUAAACAUACGUUAUUAUCUGAUGUUAGGUAAAUCGUACAUACUGUAUACUGAUAGAGUUUAUUUCGCAUUAAUGAACUCAAAACAUUCUCCAUUUACCGUGACAGAAAGUGAUUCCAGGCAUUUCAAGUGGGAAAAUGGAAACCAGAGAUUACUAAUGAGAGAUGGGAGGGAAAGUGUGUGGGAGCUUCCAGGGUGUCAGCUAAUAUUAGAAAGUGCAAAACACCUGUGCAUAAUUUUAGAUUCACAUGUUGAGUGGCUUAUUGGCAUUUUUUUAUCGGAGAAAAAAUAAGACUACUCUUUUUGCGUAUUUUUGAAUGAUAACUUGUAACAACACAUAGUGACUCCAAUGUUAAAAUAAGGAGUUUCGACACAAAAUGCUUAAUGCUUGGCAGAUCUCCAAUAAUGCUACUAAAACGAUUCUAUAGCCUGCUGAUCUUGAUGCAAUGGGAUUUAGCCCUUGCUUCAUGUCUGUUUAAAGAGAGCGAUGCAGCGGCAGUUUAGUCCUUUAGUCUGUCCAGCUUGCUCACCUCCUCAACUAUACAAUCUGCUCAUACAGAUCAGCUUCCAAAGCUUCAAGUUUCAUGCUAAUUCUGCCGUCAAGGCCAUCAUGCUCGUCAUGUCGUAGAUUGCUAAAUGGUUAAGCUGUGUCACUGCCAUAACUCUGUGCUACUGUGUAAUAUAGCUGCAUUGCACUCUGGAACUCUGAGUACAACAUUUGCUCCAAUGUCUCAACUACAUUUACCUACAUAUAAAAUUUUUGACUAAAGGCUGGCCAUCAUUUGAGUACUGAGAUUUUCAUUUUGUUCAUGUUCAAAUGUACUCUUGAUGCAAAUAAAAUCUCAGUUUGUAGUCAAAAGUAGUUUGCAUGUUUAAUAUGUUUAAGAACUAAACAGAUUAAUACAUGCUACAACAUGCGAAACAGAGUAUUAUAUCAAAUUCCAUUGGAAUUUUUCGUUCUCUUUUUAAACACUGUGCUCAUAGUAGAAAGCGCUUAGUACUGUACAUCCAGUGAAUCCCACUUGUGCCGGAUAAAUUGCCUGAUUCUUAAUGAGGCAAAUGUUAAUAGGAGAUUAAUUAGCACUAAUUGCAGAAGUUCUCGACAAUCCCCCAGAGAGGGGCCCAAUCUGUUCAUCAAGCCAAGUGCUUAAUUAUUCUGCACUGCACUCCCUCACAACUACCACCGCCGACCUCUGGCCUUUUUCCGAGCAGGUGGGGAUAUCGCUCCAGGUGGAAACUGUCAUUGUUACCUUGAUUGAGGAGCAGCUUCUGUUUUCCCAAUUCAGUGUUAGCUGUUUCAAGAAAUGACUAGACUGUCCUAACAGAUCAUUCACAACAUACUCAGUGCAUGUUUCACAUAUUAAGAGUGUAUACUUUGACCUAUUUAUUUAUUAUUCACUGUUAUCCCAUGGUGCUGUUUAAUUCUCAACUCUGAAGGCUAUAAUUUAAAUCAUAAGUUUGUAUUAAUGUUAUCAUUUCUAUAGUAUUAAUUUACACAGCACGGCAGAUAAUACACAAUAAUAAACAUGUUGUGAUUUAAUAAAUAAAACUGUAUAAUGGUUGAUAUGGUGAAGUUUUCAAUAAGGAGAUGUUUAUUUAGGCUAAUAUUUAUGGAAGGAGUCUCCCGUGUCAGUGCUUUGUAAUAUUCAGUAAUUUUUCCACUACAAGAAAGUCUUCAGGACUGCUCAGGGAAUGACUGUUUAUAGCUGCUAUAACGUAACUGAUUUAACGGAAUUAAGUUGUUUCACAGACGUUCCACAACAUUAAAUGUAACUAUAAAUGGACAAAAGUAUAAAGUGACAUCAGGUGAAAACAUGGCAUAAUUGGAAUUAACAAUGUUAUUAGAAAAUAAUUAACUUUGUGUUAGUAAUAGUAACUUCGCUUCACUUGGGGCUGCAUCACACCACCCUGUCGUUGUUCAAUUUCCUAUAACAGCGAGCCCCCUGCUGUUUGCUCAGGAUGACUGUUAUGAAUAAAUGUCUAAGGUGAUGAUUAUCUUUAAUGUGUGUGUGUUAA